UUCUUAGGGCGCUAAUGAAAGUGGCCGCAUAUUGUCCGGGAGACAGAUGGUUUCUGUCUUGAUUAAGUUUUAAUUUUCAUGACGGGAAAAGCUGGCAGACAGUGUUCGUCGGAGUGAUCCAACUGUGUUCACAGACCAACACAUCAAACACAGCACAUCACCAACACAUGAAAGAAAACUUGAGAAACUGGAGGAUCGCAUCUGCUGCAAACUUUUGCAUCCUUGAUGAAAUGAUUAUCAUGGUAUGCAGGGUGUGAACCCAGACACUGAUGGAGACUUCUGCAGCGGUGUAUCAUGUAGGCUAUAUCAAUAACCCGAGCAAAGGCAAGAUUAAGCUGAACAUACUGGCUCGACCAUUUCACUGGGGCCUCCUGCUUCUUUGUAUAGUAGGCUUCUGCAGCCAGCUAGUGUCCACUGGCAACCAAAGCUCCCGAGGACAGACAGGAUCAUCACAGGAGAGGACAGGGACUUGUGAAGUGGUUGCUGCUCAUCGUUGCUGCAAUAAGAACAAGAUUGAAGAACGCUCUCAAACGGUCAAGUGCUCCUGCUUCCCAGGACAGGUGGCGGGGACGACAAGGGCUCUGCCCUCUUGUGUUGAAGCCUCCAUUGUGCGUCAGAAAUGGUGGUGUAAAAUGGAGCCGUGUCUGGAGGGGGAGGAGUGCCGAGUUCUCCCUGACCUCACUGGCUGGUCGUGCAUCUCUGGGAACAAAGUAAAGACCACAAAGGUGGCGCGGUAGCAAGACAGACGCUCCAUCUAAUCAGAACAAGCCCGUCCUGGCCUGCACAGUCACCUUAACUAACACUGGACUCUGAGGACAGUGAACGCCCCGUCAGAUAGACCAAAGAACAAUAUAGAUUUAAUUAGAUAUCUCUGGUCUGAGCUUUAAACUGCAGGAACUCAUUACUUUAAUUUCUUUUGGCUUGAACACAAUUUUGGUUGGGGUUAAUCCCAUGGAGUGGACAAUUUAUUAGCAACUGAUUUAAGAUAAAAUGACGCAGCACCUUUUUCCAGUCUAAACAGGCAGCUACUGCAAACGUCUGUAUCAUUGUUUCAGUACUUGAUAUGCUGAGCACAUUGUGAUGCACUCAAUCAAAGUUUGGAUGGGCCUGUUGGCAGACACUUAAAAAGAGAUUUUGUGGAUUUUCAGUAGGCAGAAUGUGAAUCCAGUCAGUGGCUUGUGACUCUCUCUGCCGAUCAAAGCAGAAGACCACAAAUACUGAGAAAUUUAUGAUUGUGUAGCAUUUGUAGACUAUGCUGUCCCGUAAACUUACUCUGAGCUUUGUAAAGAGGUCAGAUCCCUUUGGACUUCUUCUUACCACAAAGAGGCACUCUCACAAACAUGCCUGCACACACACACACACACACACACACACACACACACACACACACACACAAGGUUGCUUUUCGACUCCGCUGGUUGGACAGGCCACCACCUGCAAGGCUGUGAUGGCAUGCACACAAGCAUGAAGCUCUGAUGCAAAACAAGAACUGUUUGAAAUGCUAAUCAUGUGGAGAAAGGGAAAAGAGAAGAGAAGAGGAGCUUCUUUACUGUUGAGAGUAUUUACAUCAUGCUUUUGUUUGUCCCUCUAAACUGAGUGCUCCUGUGGAGGGAACUCCGCUUAUAGUAAUGAUGGGAAACAUUGGAUAUUCUCUGCCUUGAAGCAAAUUGUAGUCACUAACAAAAUACAAUGUUUACUGUUAUUACCACUUCAUCAGUUUUCCUCUUACAUGAAUAAUAUUCCUUCUGAACCCACCCUGAUUGCCUCUCUUUUAUCUCUUGAGUUCAGUCAGACACUUUGCAUUUUACCUUUGCAAUGAAGAGACAUUUUAUAAUAACACAAAUACAACAACAGCAAAUCAUCCCAGCUGAGGCAUCAGACUCGUAUGAAUCCCACAUGCUGUGCUAGUUGAAAACAGCUGAAUUCUAAGCAGUUUGCUCAACAUUUACUUAACGCAAUUAUGCAUAAUGAUUGUUUUGGUAGUGACAAGAUUUGACACUGAGCUGUCAUGCGGUCCAGGGCAAUUUAUGCAUGGCUUUGCAAACAUUCAAGUUCUAAUUAUUAUUUAAUGUUAGCAGUGCUGUGAAUGUCGUCAAAAUGGUAAAAUUGUGUAAUUUUAAGAUUCAUAGAAUGAUAAUAAUGAUAUCGAAUGUGUUGGAUAUUUUAGAAAUCCCCUCCUUUUAAUCAAUGAUGUCAUCCACUUGUAGAGAAUAGAGUAAUGCCUUUGGCAAUGAAUGAAACUUUUGUAGAUUCACUGAAAGCUUAUCACAGAACAAGUUGUGAUUCUGUUCAUGGGCUUCAUAAACAGCAGCGUCUCCAUCAUAACUACUGUAUGUGUCAUAUUGUAGCUACUUUUAGAAACCCACCAGAUGCUUGUGAUGCAGCUGACUACAGUAUUAUAAACAUGAUCUGACACAGUAGUCAGUAGGAAGAUGGUGGUUCAACAUACUGUUUACUAAAGACCUCAGUUGUACAGUGCUACAGUGAACUGCAUUUAAACCGCAAUUAAUCAGUAUUAUUUCAGAAUAUUCAGACCAGAUGCAUAACUCAACAUAUAACUCCACUAUUUAAACAAUCUUUCAAGCAAAAAUGCCAAAAAACAUUCUCUGGUCCCAUCUCAAUUGUCAUUUGCAGCUUUUCUUUGUCUCAGUAUCUUUAGGUUUUGGAGUGUCGGUCAGACAAAAUAUGCAAUCUGAAGACAUCACCUUGGGUUUCAGGAAAUCAUGACGGGCAUUUUAUUCUCUGACAAUCUUUCGACCAAACGGUUAAUCGAGAAAAAUAAUUGGUAGGUUAACAACCAAGAAAUAUUUGAAUAUUUUUAACCUCUCUGUACAAAUGGAUUUAGAUUGGUAUAUUGUUAAAGAUGCUUUUCAGUCACUAAUUUAACUUCUCAAGCUUGGACUGAAAAGUUUACACAGAGGAGUAAGAUUUAACAUAUUAUUGCAAGUUAAACUCAGGAGCUGGUUGGGCUUCUCUUGAACUCCAGCAGUAGUCUUAUCACCUAGUCUUGUUCAUUGAACCAUUCCCCACCUUGUAUUUAUGUAUUCAUAUUUUACGGAAAUGCAAAGCUCAUUGAAGUGGAAGGUCCCAAGAUUCCCUGAAAUCUGAGUAGACCUGGACAAGAAAGCUUUGGAAUUCCUGUACACUGUACACAGUAUAUAUUGUACUGUCAUGGUUGUAUAUUGUCUGUAACAUAAUGUGCUGCCACCUUUAUGGCCAUAUUUUGUCAAAUAAGAGAUUUUGUUUUUCAGAUUCUCAACAACAGCAAACUUUUUGGAAUUAGGUAAAAUCUUUUAAACCCUAGUGGGGUUUAUGUCAGUGAUGACAGCGCGCAUCCUAAAAUUUGUGCCUGUAUUUCUAAAAUACCAGCAGCGCUCACAACUUUCUUUUUCUGAUUAAUUUUCAAAGGAGUUGGUGUGACAUUCAUUAGCUGACUUUCAGAUGUGUCUUAGAUAAACUCUGUGAUUUAUACACACUCACACAGAUUCUUAGAAAAGUUUAAGAAAGCUGUGCAGUACUGCUUUUAUCUAUAAAAUAACCUUAAAGCCAGUGAAAAGAGCUUUAUCUCUGUUCUUCAGUACAAAUUGAGUAUAAACCCUCUGAGCACCUGUCAUAAUACAUGGCUUUAAAAACAAAAAUUCAAAAUGAAAGCAGCCAAAAUAAGGUAAUUAAGAUAGGAGUUAUAGGAUCCUCACUCUUAGCUGGAACAUGUUGCACACAAGAAAGGGGCAGAAAUGCGGCACCUCACAACAGAUGAACAGAAGAUUGAAUAAAUUCUCAAUUUUCUCCAUUUCAUCCACAAAAUAAGACAGAGAUAACCUCAAUUCAGAGAUAUUAUUUACAUAGGUUUGAACAUUUCUUUAGACUUGAUUCUCAUAAGUCAACCCAGUCACAAAUAACACAUUUCAGGCAGCUUAUUUGAUAUCAGUUUGCAAGUGAUAUGUGGCGGGGAACCUUCCGUUUCUUGUGACUGUCUAUUGGGGACAGUAGUUCAUGUUCACUAAUAGAAAAUAAACUGUCCUGGGGCACAUGAAAAACAUAAUGGAAAUGCUGUUCUAUUCCCCUUUAACAACUUUUUCCUCAUCUGGAGUUGACACUUGUAAUAAAAAAUGUAAACACAA